AUGGGCUCCUCUCGGGCACCCCGGAUGGGGCGUGUGGGAGGGCAAGGAAUCGUGGCAUUGCUGUUGGCUGGUCUUCUCCUGCCAGGGACCUUGUCUAAGAGCAUCGGGACCUUCUCAGACCCUUGUAAGGACCCCUCACGUAUCACCUCCCCCAAUGACCCCUGUCUCAGUGGGGGCUCCAGUAGCUUCAAUAGCCACAGCGGCUCCAGCGGUUCGGUUUCCAGCUCCAGCGGUGGCUCUGGCGGCAGCUUCAGUGGCAGACCCAGUGGUGUUCACAGCAGUGGCUCCAGUGGUGGCUCCAGUGGUAUUUACGGCGCCGGUUCCAGUGUUGGCUCCAGUGGAUCCAGUGCUGCCCAGGGUGGUUCUUCAGUAUUUAAGCCAGGAACAGGGUAUUCCCACAGCAGCUACUCCUCUGGAUCUGGCUCUAGUCUACAAGGUGCAUCCAGCUCCUCCUACUCAGGAAGCAGUGGCAGCUCCCACUCAGGAAGCAGCAGCUCCCACUCAGGAAGCAGCAGCUCCCACUCAGGAAGCAGCAGCUCUCACACAGGGUCUGGUUCAGCCCGACCAGUCAAUGAUGGCUCUUCCCGCUUGGUAAUAAGCUCUUCCCAAUCUAGAGGAGGCUCAAGCUCUUCUGGUUCCCAAACCUGGAUGUCUAGCAGCAGUGGCCAGGUCAACUCCAACCAGCACCCCUGUAGCUCGGAUAUCCCUGACUCUCCCUGCAGUGGGGGGCCCAUCGUCUCGCACUCUGGCUCCUACAUCUCUGGCUCCCACUCUGUGUCAGGGGGUCAAAGGCCUGUGGUGGUGGUAGUGGAACAGCAUGGCUCUGGGGGUCCUGGGGGUGUUCAAGGUGGCCCCUGCAGUAGUGGUGGCCUUUCAGGCAAGCCCUGCCCCCCCAUCACCUCUGUCGACCAGUCCUACGGCGGCUAUGAGGUGGUGGGUGGCUCCUCCAACAGUUACCUGGUCCCAGGCAUGACCUACAGCAAGGGCAAAAUCUAUCCUGUGGGCUACUUUACCAAAGAUAACCCUGUCAGAGGCUCUCCAGGAGUGCCCUCCUUUGCAGCUGGACCCCCCAUCUCUGAGGGUAAAUACUUCUCCAGCAAUCCCAUCAUCCCCAGCUCUUCGGGGUCCAAGUACCCAUCAGGAUCUUCCUCGGUCAUUGUGUUCCAACCAGUGGGCUCUGGGGGGGUCCAGCCCUGCCGAAUUGGUUCCAUGACUUCUAAGGGACCCUGCUCGCCCUUCGGUUCCGGAGUCCACAGUGGUUCUAGCAGUUCUAGCAGUUCCAGCAGUUCUAGCAGUUCCAGUUCAUCCUUCCAUCCCUGUGGCGACGCUUCCCAGGGGCCCUGCUCCUCAUCAGGCACUGGCUCCUUCAGCGGCAGCUCCAGCUCACAGUCUGGUGGCAAGAUUAUCCUUCAGCCCUGUGGCAGCAAGUCCAGCUCUUCUGGUCAACCCUGCUUUUCCGUCUCCUCCUCAAUAUCGAGUGGGGGUCCUGAUGGCUCUCCCCAACCAGAUCCCUCAGCUGGUGCCAGGCUCUGCGGUUCUUCCAAGAUGCCCUGCCGCUCCAUCCGGGACAUCCUGGCCCAAGUGAAGCCUCUGGGACCCCAGCUAGCUGACCCUGAAGUCUUCCAACCCCAGGGAGAGUCACCAGACAGUGCAUAA